UCACAUAACCAUCACGGAAACACCUGCGUUGUUGUAAUGGAUUUAUUGUGGUUGUUGUCAGAUUUUUGAUAAGGAUGUAAUGCAAACUAAUAAUGUACCGACCCAUUUAACUGACCAGGAUGCUCAGCUAUGUGUUUGUCGUAGUUUUAUCUGUAGCACUGUUUUUUCUACCCUGGGACUGGCUCUUUAAAUUGGGAAAUGAAUCAAACCAGGGUCCCUCUGUGCGGCUCCUGAGCAGACGAGAAUUAGCUCUGUACGACGGGGAGGAAGGCAGCAAGGGUCUUUAUCUUGCUUUAUUGGGACACGUUUUUGAUGUACAUAAGGGACACAAGCACUAUGGACCUGGCGGUGCUUACCACGGCAUGGCAGGUAAAGAUGCCUCACUGGCCUACAUCACUGGGGACUUCACAGAAAGUGGCCUAAUAGAUGAUGUGUCCAGUCUGUCCCCACUGCAGGUGAUGGCCCUUUAUGACUGGCUGGCCUUCUAUCAGAGGGAUUACCAAUCUAUAGGUCUGCUGAUAGGCCGGUUCUACAGCAACACUGGGCAGCCCACAGAGGCCUUGGUGCAGACAGAAAAAUCUCUAGCAGAGGGCCAGAGAAUGAAGGCCCAGUCUGAGACUGAGAAGAUUCAGUUUCCAGCCUGUAACUCAGAGUGGAGCUCUGCCAGAGGAGGAAGAGUCUGGUGCUCCACUAAGAGUGGUGGAGUGGAAAGAAGCUGGACCGGUGUCCCACGUAAACUCUUCUCUGCGGGCUCCGCUGGUGUUCGCUGUGUGUGUGUUGAAGACCUGUCUGCAGCAGAGGAUGAUCCAAACCUGCAGGAGUAUGACGACUGUCCUCCACAUGCUGAGUCAUGCUCUGUUAAAGAGUAGUAGACUCUAGGCCAGAUCAGAAAAUGGACCCACAGGAGGACAGAUUUUUUUUAACAGUACAAAUCUCAGGGAAACACAGCAAACACUGUGCACAAUAAAAAGGUGGAAUAAAGAGAAUUCAGUGCA